UCAGAAUAGCUAAUGUCUUCUUUGGGCUUCUAUUUGAUUCUCUCUCUCUCUCUCUCCCUUCUAAGGUUGGUAGGAGAACAUCGGAGCUAUUUUCUCUUUGAUGCCAAGAUACGCCAAGCUAGGAGCACGCGUCUUUGUUCACAGUCAUCCACCAAGAACAGGCCUGCAGGACGUGGGGACUGAGACCAGAGCUUCAUUGCACCUUGGCCAUUGCUGUGGGCAUGGCCUGUGCGGGCACCUGAGCGUCGCCCGAGUGGUGAGGAGCACCAGCAUGGUUUACCCCGUUGGCAGCCCUCAGCCACCUCACUGCUGAAGCUGCCCUGGAGAGACUUGUGGGAGCUGCUCUGCCCAUGCUCAGCCAGGCUGUGGGGCCAGGGGCCUGCCGGGGCUAGGAGGGGCCUGCCGUCCAUGGAUCUCUAGGGAUUUCCGAGAUGCCUGGGAAGAGAGGCUGGGGCUGGUGGUGGGCCCGGCUGCCCUUUUGCCUGCUCCUCAGCCUGUAUGUCCCUUGGGUGCCUUCCUCCCUGGGGAAGCCCAAGGGCCACCCCCACAUGAAUUCCAUCCGAAUAGAUGGGGACAUCACACUGGGAGGCCUGUUCCCGGUGCACGGCCGGGGCGCAGAGGGCAAGGCCUGUGGAGAACUUAAGAAGGAAAAGGGCAUCCACCGGCUGGAGGCCAUGCUGUUUGCUCUGGAUCGCAUCAACAGUGACCCGGACCUGCUGCCCAACAUCACGCUGGGCGCCCGCAUUCUGGACACCUGCUCGAGGGACACCCACGCCCUCGAGCAGUCACUGACCUUUGUGCAGGCGCUCAUCGAGAAGGACGGUACGGAGGUCCGCUGUGGCAGUGGCGGCCCGCCCAUCAUCACCAAACCCGAACGCGUGGUGGGUGUCAUUGGUGCUUCAGGGAGCUCAGUGUCCAUCAUGGUGGCCAACAUCCUCCGUCUGUUCAAGAUCCCCCAGAUCAGCUACGCCUCCACAGCCCCCGACCUGAGUGACAACAGCCGCUACGACUUCUUCUCCCGCGUGGUGCCCUCGGACACGUACCAGGCCCAGGCCAUGGUGGACAUCGUCCGCGCCCUCAAGUGGAACUACGUGUCCACGCUGGCCUCGGAGGGCAGCUACGGCGAGAGUGGCGUGGAGGCCUUCAUCCAGAAGUCCCGCGAGGAUGGGGGCGUGUGCAUCGCCCAGUCAGUGAAGAUACCUCGGGAGCCCAAGCCAGGGGAGUUUGACAAGAUCAUCAGGCGCCUUCUGGAGACCUCAAAUGCCAGGGGGAUCAUCAUCUUUGCCAAUGAGGAUGACAUCAGGCGUGUGCUGGAGGCAGCACGGAAGGCCAACCAGACAGGCCACUUCUUCUGGAUGGGCUCGGACAGCUGGGGCUCCAAGAUCGCACCUGUGCUGCACCUGGAGGAGGUGGCUGAGGGCGCUGUCACUAUCCUCCCUAAGAGGAUGUCCGUGCGAGGCUUCGACCGCUACUUCUCCAGCCGCACGCUGGACAACAACCGGCGCAACAUCUGGUUUGCCGAGUUCUGGGAAGACAACUUCCACUGCAAGCUGAGCCGCCACGCGCUCAGGAAGGGCAGCCACGUGAAGAAGUGCACCAACCGAGAGCGCAUUGGGCAGGACUCGGCGUACGAGCAGGAGGGGAAGGUGCAGUUUGUGAUCGACGCUGUGUACGCCAUGGGCCACGCGCUGCACGCCAUGCACCGGGACCUGUGUCCGGGCCGAGUGGGGCUCUGCCCACGCAUGGAUCCCGUAGACGGCUCCCAGCUGCUCAAGUACAUCCGCAGUGUCAACUUCUCAGGCAUUGCAGGGAACCCUGUGACCUUCAACGAGAAUGGGGAUGCGCCUGGGCGCUAUGACAUCUACCAGUACCAAUUGCGCAACGGCUCUGCUGAGUACAAAGUCAUUGGCUCCUGGACUGACCACCUGCACCUUAGAAUAGAGCGGAUGCUCUGGCCGGGGAGUGGGCAGCAGCUGCCCCGUUCCAUCUGCAGCCUGCCCUGCCAGCCAGGAGAGCGGAAGAAGACAGUGAAGGGCAUGCCCUGCUGCUGGCACUGCGAGCCCUGCACUGGGUACCAGUACCAGGUGGACCGCUACACCUGCAAGACGUGUCCCUAUGACAUGAGGCCCACGGAGAACCGCACUGGCUGCCGGCCCAUCCCCAUUAUCAAGCUGGAAUGGGCCUCACCUUGGGCCGUGCUGCCCCUCUUCCUGGCUGUGGUGGGCAUCGCAGCCACGCUUUUCGUGGUGGUCACCUUCGUGCGCUACAACGACACCCCCAUUGUCAAGGCCUCGGGCCGCGAGCUGAGCUACGUGCUGCUGGCGGGCAUCUUCCUGUGCUAUGCCACCACCUUCCUCAUGAUUGCGGAGCCCGACCUGGGGACCUGUUCUCUGCGCCGUAUCUUCCUGGGGCUCGGCAUGAGCAUCAGCUACGCAGCCCUGCUCACCAAGACCAACCGCAUCUACCGCAUCUUUGAGCAGGGCAAGCGGUCGGUCAGCGCCCCGCGGUUCAUCAGCCCCGCCUCGCAGCUGGCCAUCACCUUCAGCCUCAUCUCGCUACAGCUGCUGGGCAUCUGCGUGUGGUUUGUGGUGGACCCCUCCCACUCAGUGGUGGACUUCCAGGACCAGCGGACGCUCGAUCCCCGCUUUGCCAGGGGCGUGCUCAAGUGCGACAUCUCGGACCUGUCGCUUAUCUGCCUGCUGGGCUACAGCAUGCUACUCAUGGUCACGUGCACGGUGUAUGCCAUCAAGACGCGCGGCGUGCCCGAGACCUUCAACGAGGCCAAGCCCAUCGGCUUCACCAUGUACACCACCUGCAUUGUCUGGCUGGCCUUCAUUCCCAUUUUCUUUGGCACCUCACAAUCGGCAGACAAGCUGUACAUCCAGACGACCACGCUGACGGUGUCGGUGAGCCUGAGCGCCUCGGUGUCGCUGGGGAUGCUCUACCUGCCCAAGGUCUACACCAUCCUCUUCCACCCGGAGCAGAACGUGCCCAAGCGCAAGCGCAGCCUCAAAGCCGUCGUCACCGCCGCCGCCAUGUCCAACAAGUUCACGCAGAAGGGCGGCUUCCGGCCCAACGGCGAGGCCAAGUCCGAGCUCUGCGAGGGCCUGGAUGCCCCAGUGCUGGCCACCAAACAGACUUACGUUACCUACACCAACCACGCAAUCUAGCGAGGCCGCCAGAGCCGAGCAGGAGGAGGAACUGAGGCCCUUGUGGAUGGUACGUCGAGCCGGGGCCCAGCUGAUGUCCUGCCGACCCGUGGGCACCCACGGAUGUGGCUUGGUGCUGAGGACAGCGGAGCCCCAGUGAUCACUGUUGGGUAGCCUGGGCAAGCCAGGCGGGCGGCAGGAGGAGGAGGAGGGGCUGGAGCAGCUUCAGCCCCCCAAGAGCCUGCAUUUCGGACCAGGGCCCCUCCUGGCCCCCAGUCAGGGGCUCAGGUUCCGUGGCCCCCAGCGUGGUUUUUUCUCUCUCCCUCUGUCUCCGCCUGUCCCGCGGGCGGCCUGUCUCCAUCCUACCUUUAUUUUCUCUUAGCUCUUUGUGUCGGUGUCUCCGCCCUUCGUCUCCAUGCCCUGUGCUGUUUUCCAUAUUCUUUUUCUUCUGCCCCUGCCCCCAGGUCUCCUGUCUUUACCCUCAGCUCCACCCUGGUCCCCCUGCGUUUUGCUUUCCGGAGCCGCGCUCCCCCACCUUCAUUUACAGCCAGCCUCUGCGCUCCCCUCCCUGCCCCCUUUCCUGAGUCACUCAAUCUUACCUGUCACAAAAGAGAAAAAAGGAAAAAAAUAUCAAAACACAAAAAAGCCAAACAAAAACAAAUCUCGAGUGUGUUGCAAAGUGCCGCGUCCUCCUGGUGGCCUGUGUG